UGCAGUUUUUCCUUUAGUUUUUUCCCUUUAGGAAGUAGCUAGCUAGAUAGAGUAAAUAUAAUUGUGUAUGUCCAUAAAUAUUGUAAGACUUUUCAAUUUUAAUGAUCACAAUUACGUGCAUGUUAAUUGUUAAUGUAUAGUGCUGCAGCUUUACUAUAGACGAAAAGCUUGCUACAGAAAUAUUAAAGGCCCAGUCAACAGCUCAUUAUCAGAUAUGACCUGCAGUAGACAAGGAAAACGUUAAUUAGCUAAGUAAUUAAUGUCAUAUUAAGGGGAUGUGACAAAUAUAUAUAUAUAUAUAUAUAUAUAUAUAUAUAUAUAUAUAUUAUUCCGCAAGGGGUUUUCUAAAGGAUGAGCAGGCCAAUGUUGGAAUUGUUAAGUGGGCUUCCUCCAAUUAACAGGGAGCCAUAGCCCUCAAAAGAAAAGCAAUUUUUUCCCAAGGAAGCAGAGAGAGAGAGUGGCAUUUGGCAGGAGCCACAGGAAUAGGGCAGUGAGAUUUCAGGGAGUGGUGUGGAACCAGGACCAGAGUCAGUAAGAGUCAGUGCUAGGUCAGUCACCAUGGGUGGUGUAACGGGACCAGUUUUCCUGUGGCUGCAGGAUGUGUUAGGGGUAACUCUCCUCAGAGCCCGCAGGACUCUACUGCAGGCUGCCAUCCUCUCCUGCGUUCUAGUGCUGCUCGUCUGGGUGGCCAUCUUCCUCUAUGGCAGCUUCUACUACUCCUAUAUGCCCACCGUCAGCUUUUCUACACCAGUGCACUACCACUACAGUACUGAUUGUGAUGCCUCCAAUUCAGUCCUCUGCUCUUUCCCCAUGGCUAACAUCUCGCUGCUAAAGAAUGGCAAAGACCAGGUUAUGAUUUAUGGUCAGCCAUAUCGAAUCUCUUUAGAGUUGGAAAUGCCUGAGUCGCCAGUCAACGAACAUCUUGGCAUGUUCAUGAUUAAGAUGUCUUGCUACACCAAGGACGGCCAGACAGUUGCAGCUGUGGCGCGCUCUGCUAUGCUGCACUACCGAUCUGGUCUCCUCCAGACAUUGAAUACUCUACUGUUCUCUCCUCUCCUGCUGACUGGGAUGACGGAGCAGAAGCAGCUCGUUGAGGUUGAGCUCUUCUCAGACUACAAGGCCAAUUCUUAUCAACCCACUGUUGGUGCGGUCAUUGAGAUCCAGUCUCGGCGGGUGCAAAUCUAUUCAGCUCAGCUCAGGAUCCAUGCUUUCUUCACUGGUGUCAGAUACCUCCUGUACAAUUUCCCAUUGACGUCUGCAGUGAUUGGCGUGGCCAGCAACUUUGCCUUCCUCAGUGUCAUUGUGCUCUUCGGAUACCUACAGUUUAUAUGGGGGGGACUUUGGCCUCCUGAGCAGGUCAGGGUUAUGAUGGGAGACACGACUCGCCUGCAGCGUAGAAGAGAAGAGGCUCGGAAGCGCAUGUCCUUCUCACAGACUCAAAUGCCUCAGAAAGAUAAUGAUCGUGUGGCUGAGCAGUUGGAAGAACCUAGACAACAAGCAUCAGAAAUAAAGAAAGUGGAGCUGGAAACACCAGAUGUGAUUGGUUCCCUGAACGAGCCCUCUGGUUUGCCAGAGAAUCAAACAGCUCUAGGGUCGUCAUCAGAUGUGCCCCUGGAGGCUCCUCAGAUUAUCAAGACCGAUGCAAGUCAGGAGGAGCCUGCUGAUCCGGAGGAUAGAGGUGCAGGAGCGGUCCUGUUGGAGGGACCCCAGGUACCUCAGCCAGGGGAAUCUACGCUGCGUCAGAGACAGGGACCCUGGAUGAGUCUCUGAACCAUGGAUCAUCGCUCAGACAUUCAAAAGUUCACAGGUCCCUCAAUGUGCCUUUCACCGACAGGCAAAGAGAGAGAGAUUGAUGUAUGGAUUGAAGCAGAAAGACUGACACACUGACUCCCACAAACACCCUGCACAAAUAUUCCCUAUAGCCUAUCAUUUUACUUAGCAUGUAAUUUAAUAAUAAUCAUAUAAUAUAAUAAUAUAUGCCAUUUAGUAGAGGCUUUUAUCUAAAAAUGACUUUGGAACGUGGCAUAAUAGCUAUGCUCUUUGAUUUUUCAAAGAUCAACCAGUGUCAAGGUUAUAAGCCUUCUUUAGUUAGGCAAAUAUUUGUAGGAUUAAGCUCAAUCCUGACUCUUGCAUGUCCUUCAGAGCAAUGAAAAUAAUCACUCCGGUCUUUAAGCACUUAUUUAAUUCCCUAGCCUGCAUCAUUGUAGCAGAGACAGUUGUUCAGCCUUUUUGUUUUACGAAUGAGUCUUUAAGGAAUGUGUUUGAGCAGGUACACAAGCAUAGUUGAGAAUGCCUUUUGUGCCUGUGAUUGAAGCCUACGGUUACCAUAAGAAUCAGAGUGCCCUGAGCUGCUGAAUGAUGACCCUGCAGAUUACACUGUUACACAUUUAAAGUUUCUCCAGAGUUAUUCAUCUUAAACGCAAGGAACAUGCAUUAUGUUUACGCCUCUGUAGAAGGUUAUUGUAUGAUUUUCCUUUAGGAAAUAUGCCUUUUAGAGCAAUUACAGGGACCACCACAUUGAAUUUAAUUUAAUUGGGCUGAAACAUGUACAUUCUAUUCCCAAAGGAUAGCACUUAAAAGUAUUUAUUAAAGCACUUGUUUCCAAAGUGGUCCUUAAUGUUACUUUGUUUUUAAAUUAAUAUGUAUUUUUUCUGUUUUAGAUAACUAAAUGUUUCAAGGAGCAAUGAAGGAUAUGUUAAGUUACAAUUGGAAGUUUUGUUGAAAUGUACUCAUAUAUGAAAAAAGUGUUGUAGAAAAUAAAUAAGAUAUGGUGAAAUGUCA